AUGAUCAAUUCCCUAACAGCGUCUGCGAUCAUAGCAGACGCUUCCGGGGCUGGGCGGACUUUCUUCUGCACCCCUCAGCCUGACAAGCUACUCGUGGCGUUUCCCGUCUCACAUGGUCGCCAAACAAAGGAUGCGGUGUGCCGCCGCGCUUUCGGCAUUUUCCGGGUCAAAGGUCGGAAGCGGAGGACACCUAACCGGCCUCAGGGCUGCGGGGAGCUCUGCUGGGCCUGGGGCCCUCCGUGCCGGACACCUUCUGCAGUAAACAAGAUAAAACAACUUCUUAAAGAUAAGCCUGAGCAUGUAGGUUUGAAAGUCGGUGUCCGAACCAGGGGCUGCAAUGGCCUUUCCUACACUCUAGAAUACACAAAGACUAAAGGAGAUUCUGAUGAAGAAGUUGUUCAAGAUGGAGUCAGAGUAUUCAUCGAAAAGAAAGCACAGCUGACACUUUUAGGAACAGAAAUGGACUAUGUUGAAGACAAAUUAUCCAGUGAGUUUGUCUUCAAUAACCCAAAUAUCAAAGGAACUUGUGGCUGUGGAGAAAGCUUUAAUAUUUGAAACCUCAGGACUCUUCUGGCUGUGAAGUCCAGGCAAGCUUAUGGGAGCCUUGGAGCUUACUGAAGAAAUCAUGUGACUGUUACACACUUAAGGCUUAUAAUAUGUGGGGAAAUAAAGUGAUGCAUUUUGAAAAUGAAGCCAAUGUGUUAGAUUCCAGAAGAAAUGAUAUUUGUAUUUUCCAUGGGUGCAGAAAAUGAAAAGCCAUUGCCUUCUUUAGAUCACUGUUUUGUAAAGGAAAAAAAUUCUGCCCUGCAUGUAAUUUGCAUACUUUAUUAGAACCAGUUUCAUGAAAAAUGACUUCCUGGGAGGAGUUGAGGAAAUGGAUGAGUUGGUGGCCACUUGUUAGGUAGCUGUGGGUGGCGUUGCCCACAACAUUUUUCCCAGCCAGACAGGUAGCUUCUAAAAUCAGAGGGCACAAAUCUUGCUUGCUAAUGGUAACUUGAUACCGUGUUUCUUCUACCCUAACUUGGCAUAGCCUCUUGUCUUGUUUCUUGAGAUAGGCGCUUGCUAAGUUGGCCAGGCUGGCCUUGCCCUCCCGCCUCAGCCUUCAUUCAUUGUAUUACAUCUGUGCACCCCUGCACCAGUUUUGGCAUGAUCUUACAUUUUUUUCAAGAUGAUGUUAUCAAAUGCCUCAUUUGUGUGCCCCUCAACAGUACCAGGCAAAGAUUCCCUUAAA